AUGAACCUCGACAUCUUCUACAGUUCCACAUUCACUAAAAAGUUUAUUGACGUCAUUGACAAUGAAAGACCAUGGACGAUUAAGAAAAAAAGCCUCUUUUUUUACGGAAAUGGUAAUGGGAUAUGUGUGAGAAAGGGUUGUGCCGCCACCAUGAAACAAGUAGGAGCUCGUGUAAUAAUGACAGAAAUCGACCCAAUAUGUGCCCUUCAAGCUCUAAUGGAAGGUCUCCAAAUCCUAACACUUGCAGACAUCCUAUCAGAAAUCGGCAUCUUCGUCACCACCACAGGAAACAAAGACAUCAUCAUGAUUGACCACAUGAAGAAGAUGAAGAGCAAUGCAAUCUUUUUCAACAUAGGAUAUCGAAGAAUAAAGGAGAACACCAAAUCAUUUCUACAAAUCGAGGAGCAGAGGAUAGUUUUUCGUGAGAGAGAAGAAGAAGGAGGAAGAGGAGGAAGGAUUAUUACCUUAUGA